UAUAAGAAGCACUGACUGGAUCUCACAGCACUGAGAGAAACACAGGUGAAGAGUCAGCACAGACCAACAAGAUCAACACUGAAAGUAAUUCUUUGGAGAUUUUUGACAAGAUGAGAAAAUUCCUCUUGCUGGUUCUCACCAUAACAGCUUCUGUAGCUUUUGCCAGUCCACCAGUUCAGGAUGAGAAGCUUCCUGAUCCAGUGGUGAAGGUGCCAGAGGUUGAAAAAGAACCGACAGUAGAGCAAACAAAAGCAGAAGCAGGUCCUCUGGUGCAGGAUGAAGCUGUUGCAGAUUCACGUCUGGUGGAGCCUGACUCAGUGCUGCUGGAGCCAGAAACAACAGAGGAACAAAGUGUACCAGAAGAGACACAAGUGAUGUUGGAGAAACCUGUGCUAGAGGCAGAUUACCUGACUGAAGAGACGCCAGAGACAGAACUAGAGCCUGAGCCAGAAAUAACUGUCAUUCAGACGGACAGAAACAUCGUACCUGUGGAGGAAGCUGUAGAAGAGUUAGAGUCUGAAACUAAUAUAGAAGUGGAAGAUGAAGAAGAAGAAAAUGUAGUAAAGGAGGAGCCUACACUUGAGGCUGACUAUAUAACAGCUGAAGAUCCAGAAAUACAAAUGGAACCUGGGACGGAAAGUCGAAGGACACAGAUUGAGCGGUGGACUUGUGGAGGAGUUGUCCUACAGGGCAAAUGUUACCAGUUCUUCACAAUACACCUCAAUGCCUAUCAAGCUGAGUCCCACUGUCAGUCCAUCUGCCAUAAUGGCCACCUGGCCUCUGUGACAAACAACUACAUUCGUGGCGAAAUAGGGAAGCUAAUGGAUCGGAAUGGCGGCCGCACUCGCGCAUGGCUUGGAGGAUGGAGAAUCUUUAAUACACGUAAUUUCUUAUGGUUGGAUGGAACGCCGUGGAGCUAUAACGGCUGGGCUGCUGAAGAACCCAAUAAAGCUGGUGGGCAGGAGAACUGUGUAGAGACAUGGUAUAAUCUGGCGUUCAAUGAUGCAUCAUGCGCAACACCCAAACCGUUCAUCUGUUCCUGUCCACUUUAGACAGCCAGGAGGUUACGGGUUACUUUAUGCAUAAAUAAAGCUGUAAAAUCAUAUUCAAUAAAAGUGACUUUUGUUAUAUUUUA